UACAUGUUAGAUCGCUAUUUCACAAGUUUUGUUGAGCUCGACAGCUGUCAGUGGCAUGUAACGUACGACGGGCGCAGGCAGUAAAUGUGACCACUGUCACUCAGUUGUAACUAAAUGGCUAAAGUUGUAUAGAUAGGUAGGUGCAAGUUUUUAUAGAAAGAAUGUUGCUGUAUAAUUAUUAAUUCAUUUCUGUGGCUGGCAAGGAAUUUUUAUACAGCAAGAUUGGGGCAAAAUACAAGUCUGUUAGAAAACAGACAGUUCUACAAAUUCAGGGUUUGGGAAACCAUUGUCCUCUUGCUAAUUUUUUUCGUCUGUCUGAUCGAAGUCUAGUAAAGAUCUAGUCGCCCUUUGAAAAUAGAGGGUCGGGAGGAGCCUUCUCUGAAACAGCAGGCGUUAGAUUAUUUUCGUUUUCUUUUUCUGGUAUUUGUAAACGUUGACCGGGUUAUAUUUAUUAUUUGUAUUUUUAUUUUGAGACUAGAUCUCAGGCUCGGUUCAAUGGGACUGGAACCCUUGACCUAUUAGGUGGAUGGCUCAUGUGGCGAUGGGGGCAUACGCAAGGGGUGGGGAUUAUGAAAGGAUAACAGGGGGGGGUUAUAGCAGUAGAGAGGCUCAGGGGAAUACUUCUUUUUACAGGGAAGGGAAUAAUAGUCAGCUGGAGUAUUUGAAUUUUGCAAGGGCUUCGGAGGGCAACAGGGUAGCUGGGGAUGGAGUUGUGCCGGAAUCGGGAUAUUUUCCGACUAUUGCAGGGGUGAUUGGUCAGGUGCCUGAUAGAUUGGGGGCACUUCAGUUAACAGAGCAGCAGGGGGGUUUGGGGAGGCCCUCUUCACCUUCAGAAAAUCUGCUGCAGGCAAUAAAGGCUGUGGAGGUAGCUGAAACUGCUAUCAUCGAACAGAUGCAAGAGAAUGAACACUUGAGGACUGAACUUAAGUUUACAAAUUGGGAACUUCAAAAUUAUAAACAAGAACCUGCAUCUUCAAGACAGCCUGAAGAGAAUUCAUUUCAAGCAUCUCAGAAGGCAGGUAUGCACUCACCUCCGAAAAAAAAUGGUGUGGAAGAUUAUGGAGCUGUUCCUUCUUUGAAUGGACAAAGAUCACCGAGUAAUGGGUCCCAACCUGAUUUUCAAAGAACAUUAGUUGUCCAUCAGGGCCUUCUACCUGAGUAUAGCAGUCAGGCAACACCUCCUCCUGCUGGCUUGUCAACAAGUCGAAAUAAUCCUGCAAGCAAUGUGUUAAACUCAAAUCCGAGAGGGUUGAAUCAGGGGGUUACUACUGGACAAGCUGCUGCUGAUUAUAGUACUUUUUCUCAGAUUUCUUCGCCAUCUUCAAGAUCUGUUUCUCCCAAUAGGUACCACAGAGAAGGCGAUUUGGAUUCUAGGGCUCCAUUAUCUGGUCAAGGCUUGUUACGGUCACCUGAAAUUACUAGUCAGAGCAACCUAUGGAAGCAGCAGGAUUGGUUUCUAAGGGGCAGGGCGCAGGAGGAGGAGAUUCUGCAACUUCGAAAACGUCUCGCAGAUAAUGCUAUCAAGGAGCUAAAACUGCACAAUGAAAAGCAUGUACUGGAAAAACGAAUUGCUACAAUGCGCAUGGCAUUUGAUCAGCAGCAACAGGAUCUUGUGGAUGCUGCCUCAAAGGCACUCUCAUAUAGACAUGAUAUUAUGGAGGAAAAUAUUCGACUAACAUAUGAAUUACAAGCUGCAGAGCAAGAGCGAUCAGCUUUUGUAUCAGCACUGUUGCCUUUGUUGGCAGAAUAUGAUUUCCAACCUGCUGUUACGGAUGCUCAUUCAAUUGUCAGCAAUGUCAAGGUUUUAAUACAACAUCUGCAUGAGAAACUUAAUCUUAGUGAGGCAAAGUUGAAGGAUUCACAAUAUCAUUUGACAGCUUGGCGAGCCGAUCCAGCAUAUCAAUCUCCUUACGCUCCACAGUCACCUUUCCAUCCAAAUAGUGACCAUUCAAAUCCCACACCGAAUACACAUGGUCUUGAGAUUGUGCCUCAGCCAGCAUAUGCAAAAGGAAGAAUGCCUGCUUCCCCUCCUCCUCGUGGCUAUAAUGGCGGAGACUGGGAUCCCUCAGCAGGGAAAUAUCAGCAUGCGGGUAUUAGUAGUGACUUGUAUCAUGGUACAGCCCAUGAUCACUUGAGGCAACCGCCAUAUUCUCAUUCAUCAAAUGAGACCUAUGAACACCAAGCACAUGCUGUUAGUCCUGCACCAGCACCAAAUGAUUUGCGUUCAGUGUUACCUAGUGAUGAAGAGCCUUCUAUGCAUGUGCCAAUGAAUGAUCCUUUCAGUGACAGUGAGUAUGAAGAUACUCCAGGGAGUGGAGCCAUGAAGGAAAAAGACCAUACACAAAGGGAAGGACGUUCUCCGCAUUUGCCGACCCUACAAGAAGAGCCCAAUUCUUCUAACUCAGAAGAAGACGACCCUCUACCUGCAAUAGAAAAUCUUCAAAUUGUUGGUGAAGCUGUACCCGGGAGUAUGUUGCAAGCAUGUGGAUUUUCCAUCAAUGGGACGACACUUUGUGUUUUUCAGUGGGUGCGUCACUUACAAGAUGGAACUAUGGUAUACAUUGAGGGGGCAGCUCAACCUGAUUAUACUGUUACUGCCGAUGAUGUUGAUGCACUCAUUGCAAUUGAAUGUGUCCCAAUGGAUGAUAGAAACAGAAAGGGUGAACUAGUCAAGGUUUUUGCAAAUGAUCAGAAUAAAAUAAUUUGUGAGUCCACUAUGCAAGACCAAAUAGAGAGUUAUUUUUUUGCAGGACAGGCGGUAUUUGAUGUUCAGUUAGCAGUUGGUACACUUGAUAUUUGGGAGCCUGCUGUUUUGACUUUGAAAAGGUCAAAUUAUGAGAUAAAGGGUAACAGGCAGCGUAGGGUGGCUGUUAGUGAGAAGUAUACCUCUGAACUAAAUAUUGUGAUUCCCUAUGGACAUCAAGCACAAUUUGUGUUAACAAGUUCUGGUGGAGUUAGUAUUGCUUUAAGUUCAAGCGAGGAUAACUCGAAAAUGCGAGAUACUAUUGUCCUUACGAUGAGGUUGUUUAAGAAGCAGGCGCUGGAGAAGAGAAAGGGAAAAAAGAAGUUCAUCUUUUUGCCAAAAUAGUUUUCCUACAAGUCAUGGUUGGAAAUUUACCAUAUGCAUAAUUUUAAAAUUGUAUCACUAGGCAAGCAACAGUCGUGUACAGUUGUAUUUGUGUAUCAGAAUCAACACAAUAUUUCUUUAUGUUACUUGAUUGGAGUAAAAGCUUGGCUUUUGAAAAAUAAAGGAAAACUUUGGUUUUCUAGCGUACGUUUUACAGGUUUUUCAAAUGUCUGUUUAUUUAACAUUUUCCAAAUUCGGAAUGUGCCUUUCCAAUGUUUUAACUGCUGGGAGCUGUAGAGUUAUUGAAAAGAGAAAUUUUAUUCUGA